AGGCAAACAGGUGAAGAGCGAAUUGUGUCCACUGUUUGAAACAGGUUGCAAAGAACAGGCGGCAGAGGAAAGAAGGACAGUGACGAAGCUGUAGGCACAGUGAAGAGCUAAGCGAACACACACGGCACCCGGGUUAUUGCACACAGAGAGUAGCGAGACGUUUGCUAACUACUGUGUUGUGUUUUCUGGCUGGUUUGUUGUUUUGAUUUGUGUGUGUUGUUUUGUUUUUGGGCCAAUCACAGGUGAAGCAAUUUCCCAUUCCAAGCGCAAUACUACAGGCUUCUUCGUAAGGAAGGCAAGAGCAAAUCGUGGGCAGAGCAGCAACGAUUACAGCGAGCAGCGUUAACAAGUGUUCGCACAGGAGAAGUGAAGCAAAAUGUCUGAACUGAUAUCGUCCUUCCUGGAGCAUACUCAUGACCUGGAGUCAGGGCAAGAGGAGAGCUCGAAUGAACUAAGCCAACUCCAAUCGAUGGAUCUGUACAACCUGCUGUUACACAAGCCGCAGAACCAGGACGGCUUGUACGAUGACUCAACUAAUGCCGAUGGUGUCAACUCGAACAGUACGUUCACGGGGCAAGGCUUCAUGGAUACGCUUUCGACGAAUAAUUUGGUUACGCUGAACAAUGAACAGUUCAACACCACAAUACCUCCAACAACAACGAUAAACCCGAGAGAUUUGAGCUCUCACCAUGGGUCUAUUUCGAGCGUUGCUAGUUCGGAUUUUGAUAACCUGGACGAUAAUGGUAGCGUGUCGUCGUCGGAAGAUCAGCACCACUUUGCCUCGUCCAGGAGCACACCCCGUCCAAGGAAUUGGAGCAUGAAUGAUGAAUUCAACGAUGCCAUAAACACAUGGCUCAGGGAGAAUGACCGAACAAUGAAGCGGAACUCCAUCUCACACAUCGACCAUUCUGCAAGAACACAUGUGAGAUCAGAACUGCUCGCUCCACCUGCAACCACGAACGUGAAGGUAUCGAAUACACACACCAAUAACGGUGGUGGAUAUCAACGUUCUUCAGUGACAAAGAGACGUAAAUCUGAAUCACAUAUAAACGUUAACAAGAAUACCCUUAUGAGUCCCAUGAGAGUCUCGAUCAACAAUUCCUCUACUACAAGAACCUCGCCGUUGUCAUCUACAAAUUCAAGUGUAAUCACAACGACACCGACGUCCACUUCUGAAACGAUAUCCUCAACGCUGACUGGCUUACAAACGAAUAACGUUUUCACACCAGAUGGAGCAGUACCGAUGCCAAACGGUAAGCAUCACACCGUGUCCAAGUCAAGUUCUACACAGGCAAGCUCAGUGGGGGAUGACGAAGAAAAACCAUUCAAAUGUAACUCGUGUACAAAGGCAUUCAGAAGAUCUGAGCAUCUAAAGAGACACGUCAGAAGUGUGCACUCCAACGUGAGACCCUUCCCGUGUAAGUUUUGUGAGAAGAAGUUCUCAAGAUCUGAUAACUUGGCCCAACAUUUGAGAACCCAUAACAAGCACUGAACUGAACAAGUUGUCAUGUUAGGUUAUGCUGACUACCUGCCGUUUGUACAAUAUCUACAAGUAUAUACGAUGUUGAGCCGUCUAUGUUUGAAUGUUUUGUUAUAUAUUUAUUUCGACAACAUGUAU